AUGGUCAAUGUUUGGCUUGUUAAGUCUGGAUCUAAUAUUGUUAUGCGUUCAUUUGGUCGUGAGAAGUCUGUGAAAGAAAUAUUAGAUGAAGUGGUUACUGAUCAAGGAAAGCGCACCAUGUCUCAUUUGGUAUUUUUUGGAAGAGCGCUCGAAGAAAAUGUAAAACUAUUUGAAGUAGGAGAUAUAAAAGAUAGUCAUACACUACAUGUGGUAGUACGUUGUAAUAAAGAUAUCAAUUCAAAGCCCCAACUCGAUAAUAAGAAAUUGUUGGAAUGCAGAGAAAAAUUUCGGUUUUUAAAAGCUUCAAAAUCCGAUCGAGAUAUGAUGAUGGAAAAACUGCUUCAAGAUGACUUCAUUAAAGAUCUACUGAUUGAAUUUCCAGUGCUAAAACACGAUCAGGAGGCGCUAAUAAUAUCUAAAGAUUAUCUGCUCUCCUAUUCCUUUAUAAUGAAUAAACAGAAAAACGCGGAAAGAUUUCUUCAUGAUCAUCCAAUUUUGGUGCAUGUUAUCCAUUACUGGCUGCGCGAUGUUCUUUUGCCUGCUAGAAUGCCUUAUUCUAUUUCAAAUUCUUCGUUAACAGAGAUUCCUCCUCCUGAACAGGAUGGUUUUCUACCAGUUAUUACUCAAGAAAUGUUACGAGAGGCAAUGGCACAAGCUACACGAAAUAUGAGUACUGGCAAUACUAAUCAAGAGGUAGCUUCUUCCUCAGCGGUAUCUCAAAACUCUACUCCUUUUCAUGACGCACCAGCCUCUAGUUCUCCACUAUAUGCAAAAGAAGUAGUGCAGUUGGUAGAAUUCGGCUUUACAGAUAGGGAACAAAAUAGGCAAAUUCUUGAAGAAACUCAUGGAAAUGUUGAACAGGCUCUAGAGCUACUGAUUGCCUUACGAGAAUCAAUGAUGGAUUUUAAAGAAACACCAAAUAAUUAA